GCUACUAGGAUAUUGGUUAGAUGUUGGAUAUUGGUGUUGGCAGUGAUUGAAAUGGACAGAUUUUUGAUUCCGGUGGUUUGCGGACUUAUUCAUAAUUUGGAAAAUUUGAAAGGCAAGCUAAGCACUGAUGAAGACCGUGAAGCAUGUAACUGUUUAGUGGAGGGAAUUAAAAAAAGACUAUUACCGUAUGAGAAGCGCAGUGUCACAAGAAUUUCAACACUGCUAGAUCCUCGUUCUAAAAGGGAAGGAUUCUUUUCCACUUUUAAUGCAUCAGAUGCAGAGAAAUGUUUGGAAACCGAGCUCUCAUCACUCAACAGCGCCUUACAUAGAUCUUCUCUAUCUUCUGCCACAAGCCUGCCAACACCAAUAUCCACAACACAGCAGCCACUUUUUGAAUUUCUGGACAAAAACAUUUCGCAAAGGACUCGGAACAGUCGAGUAGACUCCAUUUUGACUCUUCGUCAAUAUUUCAAUAACGAAAAUUUGGAAUCAAGCUUGAGUCCGUUAGAUUACUGGAAGAUCUCAAAUGAUAAGACUUUUAAAAUAAGCGUUAAAAAGUUCCUCUGCGUUCCUGCAACGUCUACUGAAAGCGAGCGGAUGUUCAGCAAAGCAGGCUUGAUCGUAAGCGAUAAAAGGAGUUCGCUUAAACCCAAGCAUGUGGACAUGCUUAUUUUUACGAAUAAGAACGAAUAGAUCUCCUAUGAUUAGCUAUGAUUAUUUUGUUAAAUAAGCUAUUAAUUUCUGUCCGGAACAGAACUUUAUUUUGUUUUUGUUGAAUUAUCUUUUGUUUUGUUUUAAUUUGUUUUAAUUUCUUUUGUUUAUACAACCUUUGAAACCGUUGUGACACUAUUAAAUUGGCAAAAUGAAAUGUGAACAUUUUUG